AUGAAGUCUAUGAUUGCAUGGAACCCUUCCACCAGAAGAUUCAAGAUAUUGCUGCGUAUGCGAAAUCUACGGGGAGUCCUCAUUUAUGGAUUUGGUUCUGUUCAUCUCUCCAACGCUUACAAAGUAGUAGCACUUGACUUCUAUAAUUGCAAUAAUCUUCUGGUUUGCGAAGUAAAAGCCCAAGUUCAUACCUUGGGUACUGAUUCUUGGAGGGCCCCUCCAGAUUUCCCUUCAUGUGUGCCUCUGAUUAAAACAAGAACAUAUGUGAGUGGCCAUGUGCAUUGGUCAGCUAUGGAUUUUGAUACAAACUGUUUUAUAAUUUCUCUUGAUUUGGGUAAUGAGACUUAUGGGAAACUUUUGUGUCCUCCUUACCCCAGAAGAAGAGAAUUCGAGACACUUGGGGUGUUGAGGGAUUGUUUAAGCAUCAUUUAUGAGGACAAUCUAGGGACUUGUAGUGUCUGGCUUAUGACUGAGUAUGGAAAUCAACAGUCUUGGGCAAAACAAUUCACUGUCCCAAGUGAUAUAUUCCAAUAUCACAAGACACUUUGUCCACUACAUUUUCCUGAGGAUGGUAAAUGUGGGUGA